AUGUUUCGCGAUAUUUGUAAUUUCCAGAGCAAGCCAACAUUUAUACAAAGCUUAUAUCCAAUCAGAGCAGAAACUGCAGUGAAGGAAAAGAUUUCUUUUUUUCCAGUUCAAUCAACGAUAAAUCGUGAGGUGGGCGUCUUUGAAAAAUUACAAAAAUGGAAAAGAAAAGUGAAUCCUCCUCCUAUCCAAAACAGAUUAAAUAGUUGUGUGGAUGUGUAA